GGUUUCACAUACGUAGCACCUUCAAUUUUAGAGGACAUGCAACGCGCGAAUCGCAUGCCAGCACGAUCACCAAGACGUACACCAAGACAGCAUCAUGAAGGAUCAUACCGCAUGCAAUUUCCACCACAACGCGGCAUUUAUCCACGAGCCACGCCACCACAUUUACAAGCUUUUCCGCCACGUCCAUCGCCCCAAGACGAAAUGAUGGAUGUACAGGGUGUGCCUAUUGUGUAGUUAAAGGCGGACGGCAACUGCAAACCCACAUUGGCAACAGCCAGUGCAAGAGCAAAAACAAACACGCGGCCGAAGAAUAUUAAUGAUGGUGGUAGUAGUGCGAAGGAGAAUUAAAUGAAACACUAGAAGCAGAGAAAAAUGAAACUGAUUAUGAAACUACAAACAAACAAACAGCAGCAAACAAUUUUUUUUAUAAAACUAUAGAAAUAUGUUGCUUAAGAUUAUUUAUACAAAUACAACUACAAACGUUGAUGAAACUCAAAACUAACAAUGUAUAAUAACGAGAUGUAACGAAGAUCUUCUGGAAUCAAAAUGAUGAAGCCCAGAAACCUAAACACGUAAAAACGAGUAAAACAAUGAAAACCAAUAACAACAAGUAAACUGCACGAGAGAUGCCAGAAAGAGUCGACGCAGAUGUAUUGUCGGCUAUCGGCUUAGCAGUUGGAUUUCAUUUGUGCACGUAUACAACAAAUAGUUAAUAGAUUUAGUAUAAAAAAAAGAAAAAAGUGAGAACAACAGCGAUUAAGGCUAAUAUUAUGAAAUCUAAUUAUUAAAUACAUAUAUAAAUAGAUAUAACUCAAUUGCAACAGAAACGAAAAUAUGCAAGUAAUUGAAAAGAAUUAGCUCGUACUCUAAAAGAAUGAUUGUAACGAAUAAGAAAAACAUACAUACAUAUAGUCAAACUUUCGUGCAACGCCUAAUUUGUCGCCGCAUCGCUCGUUUUUGCCUACCGGGAUGCGGUUUUGCGCUUUUUAGCAAUUCCGCCCACGUAAUCAUGUAUCGCUUUUUAUUAUUGCAUAUUAUUAAGACAUGUAAAUACACAAAUAUUUCAAACAAAAUGAGAUAGCCAACUCUUCUGUCAACUCCAACACUAUCAGUUAUAUUGUUGCUGGUACCAGAGGACAAAAACCACAUACAUAUAUACAAUUAGGGGGCAACAACCAACAAAGAUAGUUGGUUAUUGUUGUAGUGAUGAAAAUAGGCGUACAAUUUAUGUUCAGUCCCCUUUACUUAGUUCAAUUUAGUUUAUAUAAAUGUAUAUUGAAAAGGAAUGUAAACCGUUAGUCAACAUAAUAAUAAACUAUUGUUAUAAUAAUGAAAUCUAUGUGGGAAUUUAAGCUUGCAAUAUGUGCACAUGCUACUAAUUCAGAUAUGAAAGUGCCACAAAUGUAAAAAAUUAUAAUAAAAACUAAAAUAUUUAAGUAAAUAAUUGAACACUACUGAGUUUGUCACACUAUGGUCGUCAUGGAAACAUAUAGCAAAAACAAAAAUAAAACGACACGGUGUAUGUGCAUACAUAAAUGGUCCCUCUUAACCGAAGUGACCGGUAUUUAAUUGAGAGUUUAGAAUAACAUCUCAUACGUUUUUUUCUUUUUAAAGAUUUUUAUCAUUGUUUUUAUUGAAAAUUUGCUUGAGUUUUAAAUUUUUAAGAAAUGGAAUAAACAAAAUAGUUUAUUUUAAAAAAAGCUAAUUCAUUGAGUUCAUUCUCAGUAAUAGUAAGUAAUAACAUAUUUUUUAUGGUUAUUUACUUUUUAUGCGGAAAAAACUUCAAAAAUUUGUAAUAAACCCAUAAAUGGUUUUUAAUCUUGCUUACGUUUUGUGUUUUGGUAAUUAAACCAUUUAUUUUGAAGUGUCAUAACUCAAAAUCGAUCUUAUAUUAAGUUAUUUUAACAUAUACUUAUAAUUCCUCGCAACAACAAAUGGAAAAUAUACAAAAUGUUAGCUACAUUUUUCCACACUUCAUGUUUUCACAUUUAUCUAGUAUAAUUUACACUUUGAUAUACAUUUUUUUUGCUGAAUAUGGUAGAUUUUGAGUUAAGCCGCCAGUACACUUAUUAACCGAUAGCUAUGUGUCGGCUACAAACCUGCGUUGCAAUGUUAAAACAGAAUAAUUCAUAUCGGAAUAAUUUAUCAGUUUGUCCUUAACUCGGUCAAACAUUGGGUUGUUAUCUGAAUUAUGUAAAAUUGAUCUUUUUUGAAAUUUUAAAUAUUUGUUAACAUUUCGGCAAUUUAAUUUUUUUUUGUUAAAUUGUGUGGAAUAUUUUUAUUCAAAAAAUUUGCAGAAGGGGUUUGAAUAGAACGAAAACAAGUUAUUGUUGCCGCAGCCGGUAUAUAUUUCUCUUAAUAUUAUUAUUCCGACAUUUUUAUUUCAUUUAUUUUUUUUAGUAUUUUCUAUAAUGCCUGUAUAUGUUGACAGACGUACAUGUGUAUGUUUAUAAAAUUAUAAUCAUCUGCAAAUAUGUCAGCUAAAUGUCAUAUAUACUACAUAAUUUUUCUUCCAACUGUUUGUAGGAAAAUGUAUAAUACUUGGUCCCGUUUCUUCUCCUCAAUCGCAAUUUAUCAUAAUGCUACUGCAACGGAUCAAGUCAAAGAUAGAUUUAGCUUAGGGAAUAACACAAUGUUUGAAAUUUUUUUUUGAAUACAUCGAAAUAUAUUAAACAAAAAAAUACAAACAUAAAUGCAACUGCAAGCAACUAAAGGGUCCGUAAAUUGUAAAAAUUUAUUGGGCAUCAAUUUUUAUUUCCUAAAAAACUGAAUAUACAAUAUUUAAAACGUUAUUUUUCUGAAACAUUUUUAGUGGUUUGUUUCGAAAAUUUUUUGUGCAUAUAAUUUUGUUUUGAUAUAAAGUAUAAUAAGAAAAAGUUAUAUACAUAAAUAAUAAUUAUAAUAAAAUGCAAUAAAAAUAUAUUGUGUUUAAGUUAUAAAAAUAUAAACUUUUUUGUAUAAAACUAAAAAGGCGCUUGCGUCAUACAACUUUUUUAAAAGAAUAUAAAAUAUUGGCAUAUUAACGAGAUAGGUAUGCAAAAAAAUAUAGAUUUCGAGUGAAUAUAAAAAUACGUAAAUUCUUUAAUGUCACAAAAUAAGACAUUUCUUAUCAUCAAAAACCACUACAAAAGGAAUUUAAUAAAGCGCUGGCUUAAAAAACUGCAUACCCUUCACUGGUUCAUAUACUUUCUUUCGAAUAUUAUUUCCAUACAACAAAAAUAUGUUUAUUAUAUGAUUUGCUCAAAAUAGGUCAACAACAUAAAAAUAGUAGAAAUUAAUAAAGUUUGUUUACAUAUAGUACAUGCAAUAGAACUGUUUCAUAUUUAAUAUACAUUUUUAUACAAUAAAUAUAAGCAAAUUGAAGUAUAGCCUAAAAGUAAUUAGCAUGAUACAAUAAUGUAUGGGCAAACAUAAAAAAAAAUUCAAAUUAAAAGGAAUAUUGAAAUUAUCGAACCUAAAUAUUAACGAAAUAUGCGAAAUUAGUUGCCAAAUGCAAAAUUCAACUGAAAAUUAUGAAAUAACUUAACAAAUUUUAAUAAAAAUAAUGGAAAGUUAUUUUUAAAAAGUAUAUUGAAAUAGCUUACGUUUUUAUUGCCAUCUCUUUGUUUAAAUAAUUUCAUCAUUAGUAUCAAUUCUUUAAUUACAAACUUAUUCAUUGCUUCAGCUGAAUAGGUUAUUUGAAUUUUGAAUUUAACCGGAUUCAUAUUUUUAAGUGGCGGCACGCCGUGUAUUUUUUAAUUUUGUAUUCAAGUUAUAUUCUUUAUAAAUACAACAUUAAUAUGUACAGACAUAUAAAUGCAUAUAAUAUUAUUUUUUGAUAAAAUCAAAAGGUGCUAAACUUAUUUAAGCGUAAAGCUAAAAGAAAUAAAACGAAAACAAAUAUAAAAAUACACAAAAAACAAAAAUAAAAUCAUCUCGAAAAAAAUAUGUAUAUUGAACCAAAUAUGUAUGCAAUAAAUUUCCUAAAUUUGCAAAUAAAAAAGUGAGCAACAGCAGCGUUACAGAAAAUACCUCAAGAGCAAUUAUUUUUGUUAAACAAAAUGUUUAAUGUACAUACAUAAAUACGAAUGAAAACUAAAAUACGCAAAAACAACCGAAAGAUUCACAACAAAAGUAGUUUUGAAAAUUAUUACUUAAGAGCCAAUAAUAAAUUGUAUAUUUUUAUAGUUACAAUUUAAAUCAUUUAUAUGAUAUUUUACAGUAAAACUAUCCUGUUUCUUUUAUAUGUUUUAUAAUUUUUUUCUUUUAUAAGCAAACAGUUCAAAAAUUACUGUACAGUAGCAAAGUAUGGCGCUAAACUAAACAUGUACAUACACAUAGGCAUAAACAAUUGCUGAAUAGUUACACAAACAUACACAAACACAUGCACAGUAUGCAUAUAAGAAAUGUCUUAUUUUUAUUGUAGAUAAAUUAUAGACAAGAAUCAAUGCUGAAAUAAAAAAUAUACAAAAUUUAUAAUGUUUACAAAGAAUUAAAUAAAACAAGAAAAUGUAAAAAAAACUUCAAACCGUUGUAACAUUUAUAUAACUGAAUUAAUUAUGCUAUAUAGCACGAAGGAAGAGAGUGACAAUUUUCAAGUUGGCUCUUUCUGCAAAUAUUUUAUUAAUUAAGUAAUUAGUAAAAGUUGUUUUUCGUUUUUUUUAAUAUAUAUUUUGCAUGUAUACAUAUACAUACUUACAUAUCGUCACCUAAAGUGCAAAAUAACGUAACACACUUUUCAUAAUUUUACAAGCGAAGGAAAAACGAUAUAAUAGAAACCACUAACAUUGAAACAAAAUUUUUGUUUUGGUUAUAUAUUGGUUAUCAACUACUCAUAUCGAAACAAAAUUAAAGCUUUCGUUAUAGAAUGAUUAUCUGAAAACGGUUUACAUUUUUUUUUAGAUAAUACGUUGUUUUGCUUUUUAGGUGAUGAUAUACACAGACCAAAUCCUCAACUCAGGAUUCCUGUUAUAUUUUUUAGGAUUUUAUUAAUUUUGAAUUAUCAUUUAUAUUUUGUUCAUAAAAGUCUUCCCCAGCAUAAUCCAUAUGAUUUCUGCUUAAGAAUGUUUCAUAGAUAAAGAGCUUAUAAAACCUGAUCAAAACUUUCCUGAGAAUAAACAAAUAAAACAAGAAACAGUUCUGCUGUUUGAAAGAAACGUGCAACACUGCCUUUUGUUCUCAACUGUCAAUACAAAAUACAUAUUUACCAUCUAUGUAUGUGACACAACAUUUACAUAACAUACAAAACAAAUAAAUAUACUACUAUACAUUAUAUAUGGUAUGUAUGUAUAUGCAAAUAUAAUAAUUACAAUGACAUGAACAAAAUGAACAAAAAUAUGAAACACAAAUGUACAUAGGUAUUCGUAUGUAGACUUAAGCCAUAUACAUAUAUGUAUAUACAUAUAUAUUAUGUCUACAUGCAUAUAUGUACAUAUAAAUAUGUAAGUAUGCACAUAUAUAUAAUUCGUUAAAGAUCGUUUCGAUAAUGUGAAAACUAUUCCUAUUUGCAGAAAAGAGAAGACUAUAAAAAAAACAUGUAUUAAAUAAAAAACGGAAUAAAAUAAAAGUUUUAGAUGCGUAAUAAACUGA